ACUGUACUAUUGCACAUUAUUCGGUUGUUUUCUCCCUUUUACAAGAAUAAACAGUGAAAUCUUCUAAUUAAAACAUUUGUAUCUCUUGGGAAAUUCAUGUCCAGCGAUCGGCGUCAUGAUGGAACCAAACCGUACAAACACAAAAAAAAACCUCAAACGCAACACCUCAGAGGCUUUCCACACUGUUUAACUACGUCAUCAAACGUUAAAAAUACACUUUAUAUACCGCAGAAGUAAAUGCUUUGAAAAAUUUAACAAUCCCACAUCGCAAUUCAUCUCUAAAUUCGGUUGUUUUUAUAAUUCCUCUUUGCUUUGCUUUCGCGAAAUGUCAAACUUUUGCCGCCAAUGUUGUUUGUAAACAAAUGUUUUGACAGGCACGAAAUAAGAGUCGUGAAAUUCUCAUUGUUUCCACGCAAAGCCUGUGCAAUGUGCGAUACAAUCGAGUCCGCCUUCGUUGCCAUCAGCCGGCUAGCUUCCGGCUCGGAGGCCACACACAACGUCGAUCCCGUGCUCUUCCCGGACGGUGGUCUGCGGCCCGGCGAACUGAUCGAAAUCAGUGGCGACUCGAACAGCGGCAAAUCGUUGCUCUGCCUAGAGCUGAUCGCUCGCAUCAUCCUGCCCACGAGCUGCGGCGGCCUAGAGCUCGCUGCGGUCCUGAUUGACUGUGAGAACAGCUACAGCAAAACCGUCCUGCUAAGCAACCUGGAAAAGCACAUCCUCAACCAGGCAGAACCGGCCCUCGCCAGUACGCUGGCCGAUCCGCACCAGCUGGAAACCAUUCAACGCGCCGCCCUGAGCCGGCUCCAUCUGAUCACGUGCUACUCGUUGGAGCAGUUUGAAUUUUCCCUGCUCGCACUGCCGGCCUUGUUCGUGAAGCAGCCCGAGCUGACGUUCGUGCUGAUCGAUUCGAUUGCCACCUUCUACUGGACCAAGUGUACGGCGAAAAACCUCAUCCGGCAGGAUACGUACCAGAAAGCGCACUGCAAAACGUUAAGCCGGCUGGCGGGCAAGUGGAGAAAGAUCGUCCUGCUCACCAAACCGUCCCACUUUGGUGGGCGACAAGCAUCGGGGCGUGAUUUCGAAACGACCAGCGCAGCGGGAGCACUGUCGCUGGACGGAUCGACUCAGGCAUCGUCGUUUGCGGGUCCUCUUACGCCCUUGAUGAGCACGGCGUCGUCCGCCGGCAGUUUGAUUGACCAUCGGAUCGAACUGACCGAAACAGACAACCCCAGUCCGGGUGGGUCGGAGCAAGGCAGUGCCGACCAGCGGUUCAGUGCGUUCAUUACGAUGGCGGACAAGCAGCAGUACGUGCGCUUCUAUCUGAUCGACAAGUACGGGAUCAACUGGAUUGAGGCUUAAUGUGCUCGCUGCUCUGUAUGAUGGGUAAAAUGUUACAUUCCUCCAAUUGUUGUCGCGUUCCGGUUCUUUCUCCUUCAAACUAAAUUAUUGUAAAUAAAUUGAAAAUUAA